UAGGCUGACUUGGGUGUGGUUUGUGGAUCAUUGCAGUGAUAAAUAAAUGGUAGGGCUAAAAAGGACUCAACUGUUGCAUCUGGGAAUAUUUGCAGGUGUGAUACAGCACUGACCCCUGACUUUACUUGCUUUGCAGGUUGGUGUUUCUCAGGGCUGACGGAACUUUCCAGUGACUGUCAGAAGUCAAGCCCGUGUGGCUUAUCCAGCAGCAGGUCAUUUGUCACAUUUGAACUGAUUAUCCUCGGUAACUGAAUCCCAAAGGAAAAGCCACCAGUGUGACAUUAGCCUGAAGAAGAAGAAACAUUUCACAGUCAUUAGGUCCCUUGGCUUCCCAGUGAGAAAGAUCACUUUGUGCCUGUGACUAUAUGACUGGGGUGUGGAACGAGCCACAAAGUCACAUGUGCCGUGUCCCAAAUGCACAUGGGCUGCUUGGAUCCCUGAAGUUCCCCUCGGGAUCACAUGUGCAGGACAGAUCCUUUAUAAUAAAAGCAGUCCCACCCAUUCACAACCCCCCCAUCUCUAGGCAAAUGCUUUUCUAUAAUGAGUUAGUUCCCUGUGCAGAUAGCAGAGAAUAGAGAAUGUGUAGAGAAGGGAAGGGGGAGGCAGACACAGUGAAAGAGCUGGGGGAGGAGACACAGAGGGAGAGAUAGACUUAGUGCAGCUCGGAGUACAAUUCUCCUUCAACUCUUGUGUCUGUCACAGCUGCUGACCAAAGAGAAGCCUUAAAAAACACUUUCUACUUCACUCUCCCCCUUCACCAUCUCUCCACUUCCCAAGCCAAAUUAUAGGAGGAAAGAAAAAACAUCUGGAUUGUAUUUCUGGAGGAGGGAAAGAAGAGAAAGCCAGAGAAAUGGGUGUAGCGAGCGCACCCCACCAAACCCCACUCUCAUAUCUUGGAAGUGGGAAGUCGGCACCUACAUGGGAUCUAGGGUGCUGAAUGGCAGAGAAGGAGUCACGGUGCACCCAAGUUUGUGCCUGGGAUCACGUUACCUGCUGGAUCCCCUUUCACAUAUGAACCCCUCCCUGUGAACCCCUCCCUGUGAUAACCAAGCAAGAGUGGGAUUUAUAGGGACUCUUUGGGGGUGUGGAUCUGAUCAGUGGAGAGACCACCAAAGACCUGGUCGUCUGUUUCCCAAUCUUCUCCUGCAAGUCAAGCCACCAAAAAACAUUUACACAUUAGACUGUGGGGGCGCACGCCUCCUUACACCCACGGAGCAAAGAGAGGAGAUUGCACACACAAAUAACCUUCAAACAACCUGCUAGCAAAGAACUGACAGGCUAUCUUCCACCAGAAAGGAAAUGGACUGCAGAGAGGGAGUCCUUUGGCUUUGGCAUUGUUGACCUCAUACCCACCUACUUGCCAGCUACUGGCUACUGGGAGAGCAUUAGCAAGAACCACCUGGCCUGCAAGGAUGAACAGCACCUAUCAGGAGUACUUGAACCCCAGGAAGAUUUUGGAACAUUAUAAGUAUGUCAAGGAAAAUCUCAAGAAGGAAGACUCAUCACGUUAUGCGAUCUCCAUCAUCUUCAUCAUUAUCUGCUGCAUUAUUAUCCUGGAGAACUUGCUUGUACUCACUUCAGUCUUGCGGAACAAGAAGUUCCAUUCUGCCAUGUUCUUUUUUAUUGGGAACUUGGCAUUUUCGGAUCUCCUCACCGGCUGUGCCUACAUUGCCAACAUUUUGUUGUCAGGGGAUAUGACCUUUACUCUCACUCCUGUGGAGUGGUUUAUUCGCGAGGGCACGGCUUUCACAACUCUCUGCGCUUCUGUUUUAAGUCUGCUGGCUAUAGCCAUUGAACGGAAGGUUGCCAUCAUGCAGGUUGAAGUCUACAGCAGCGACAGGAACUGUAGGAUGGUCCUUUUAAUUGCUGCUUGUUGGAUCAUCUCAAUUGUUAUUGGAGGACUGCCUAUUUUGGGUUGGAAUUGCAUCUUCAAUAUGGAGCAGUGUUCGACAGUUCUUCCUCUAUACUCCAAAAAGUAUAUUCUCUUUGUUGUCACAAUUUUUACUAUCAUACUUCUAACCAUAGUAAUAUUAUAUGUUCAGAUAUAUUAUAUUGUCAAGUCCAGCCAUGGAGAAGUGGCUGCCCCACAGACACUGGCCCUUCUGAAAACAGUGACUAUUGUCCUUGGAGUUUUCAUAAUAUGCUGGUUGCCGGCAUUUAUCAUCCUCCUUCUGGAUGUCUCUUGCAAAGUAAAAUCAUGCGCAAUACUUUAUAAAGCCAAUUACUUUUUUGGGGUGGCCACUUUAAACUCUGCCUUGAACCCAAUCAUUUAUACCCUAAGAAGCAAAGACAUGAGGAAGGAGUUUUUAAGAGUGCUUUGUUGUUUCAAUUAUUUCCAGAGAAACAGGACUCCUGACAAGUGUAUGCUCAAACUACGCAGUUCGAGCUCCCUGGAGCGUUGCUCACAAAAACACGACUUGCCUACAUCCCCAAUUAUGAAGGACUGUACAACAUUUGUUUGAUGAAGAGCUGUCUCAUGUUUAGGGAUGAAUAGUGUAAAGGUACUGCAUAUGGUUUGGGUGGAAGCAAAAUGACAGAAACAGUGGCAGUAACUAUGUUACUGGCACCCACUGCCAAAUAUUUGUAGGGACCUUCCUUUUCCCCAAAUCUUGGGGAAACUAAACUCUUUAGUACACAUAUAUUGAAUAUAUGCAUCAGUCAAGACCCCAAGUUGGGCCAUUUAUGAUCUUGAUGCCUUGAAGAUACUGGGUCUGCUGUUGCCAACAAAGAGAUAUCUUUCAGAUCCCAUUGCCAUAAGAAAAUGAUCCUUGUAUUUUUACUAGGAAUGGACCAAAUAUAAGGUUCAGCUUGGGUGUGUCCUAUCACUUUUGCAGGAUUUGGGUUGUCCAAGUGUUGAACUGAACCAAAUAUGAACCCUCAUAUGACUUUAAAGCUCUGGAUGAAAAAAUGCAACAAUAUAUUGUUCACACAAGAUGAGACUCAGAAGUUUGAUUUAUCAGAAGUUUGAAUAUAGGUUUCAGAUUUGGCUGAUUUUUUGGAGGGUUCAAUAUCCAAAAAAAAAAAUAAUGAAUUUAGUUGCAUCCCUAAUCUUUUCACAUAUUCUUUAUUUCUAUCUACAUGUACAGUUUAUACACCAGCAUUUCUCAGUUUAGGAUGUAGAAUGAAAUAAUUCAAAGCUUUUUAUUGUUUUUGCGCAAGAAUGAGAUAAAGUGAUCGUGAGCAAAAGCUGCAUUAUACAAUUCAUGGGGUUUUGCACAAAUUCACUUGGAUUUAUUCAUGAAAAUGACUUAAAAAGCACUUCAUUUGUAGAUUAUUUGAUAUCGGUGGGAAUUAAACAUUAGCCAAUAUGCCCUUAAGGAUAAAGUAAUAAACGAGUAAGUACACGUUUGGUAACAUUUUCUGUUUGCCUUCACCAACUGCUCAAGAGACAUAGAUGACAGGAAUGUGAAACCUUAAAACUCUCAACAAAAAAUGUGUAAAUAGAACAAAGGCUCUUGCACAGACUGUUGCACUUUUUAACAAUUUUGUAAGAGAAUUAUGAUUUGAUUCAAAAGCCAGCAAUUUUUCACUAUUUUCACUAUUUACCAGAUGAAAUCUGUCUUCUGUUUGGUGAAUUUUGUGUUGCUCCUCAGUAGAGUAUCUUGUGACAUUCAUUAGUAUUUAUGUGACAGCUUCCAUACCUUUGCAGUAAUACGAUAUAUGAAAUUUGGAUGCCACCUCAAGCAUCGUGUUUACCAGUGAACUUAGCUCAGAGGUUGCCAAGGUUGUUUGGGAUAUUCUUAGGCUCAUGCCACAUGUAAUGUUUCUCCACCAGGGAAUUUCAGCUGGAGGUGGCAAGCAGUUCACCCAGUGUCUCCAGUCAUUUAGAUGAAUGUCACUGCUUGUGACAAUGGUUGUUGGCCUCUUUUUGCCCAAUUUCACCCCAUAAAGGAGAGGUGACAGGAGACUUCCAUUUAGGUCAAUAAUAGGAGGCAUGGGGCUGGGAUAUAGAUGUUUUUUGCAGACUGAAAUAUGCAGGUAGAGAAAAAUUGCUUAUGCUACUGGUCUCAUAACUAUGAGCUUAGGGAAUCCUGACAAAUUGUUAAAGUUUUAGGAACAGUUCAGUGUAAAAAUAAAAAAAAAUGUUUUUGCUAUAGUUAGCCAAAAAUGUAAUGUAUAAUUUCUUUAAAGUGAGGUGUUUGAUCCUUUCCAUUCUGCACGGCCAACCAGCCAUAUUGCCAAAACAUUAUUGAACAAAGAACAAUAAACACGCACAGUUAUGGGAUCUGUUAUCCAGAAACCCAUUAUCCAGAAAGCUCACGGGAAGGCCAUCUCCCAUAGACUCCAUU